AUGUGUGGCAUUCUCCUACGGGUGUCACACAACCCUCCUGCUCCCCAUAUAUUCACCAGUACCUCAAACACCUCAUGGACAUGUCUGGACGAAGAAUUUAUAUUCUCCAACUUUAUUCAGCCGUCUUUGAAUGUACAGCUUUCUAUGGCCGAUGAAAGCAAAUUGAACAAUAUUGCGAGGUUGAAAGAGCUUCAGCUCCAGUUGAACAGUGCCAAGAACCAGAUAAAACAAACGGAAGAGUUUAAUCAAAAAAUAAUUUCAAUACAGAACGAAAUUGCAAAACUUCACGGCGAUUUUGAGGUUGUAGUAAGUGAAACAAAAAGCAAACAAGACGACGUUUUUGAGUCACUUGUGCCUUUGGUAGCCAGGAGAGGACCCAACUAUGUGGCUUACGAGCAGCAUGAAAAGGAAAAUUUGACAAUUCAGACCUUUUCUUCAGUCUUGUCACUAAGAAGCCCAUUUACUCCACAACCAGCUCACGUCCUGAAUUUGCUGGUCCAGUUCAAUGGAGAGCUCUACAACGCUGAGUGUAUGCUGUGUAACGAUACAGAGUUUUUGCGUGAGUUAUUAAAGAAGAACAUGGAGAAAAUUGGAAGAGAGAAGGGAAUUCUCCAUACCAUUGAGACUCUUGAAGGAGAAUUUGCAUUAUCCAUUUAUGACCCAGAAACCCAAAAGAUAUACUUUUGUAGAGAUAUCCUUGGUCGACGGUCGUUGGCAUUUCGUCAUAAUAGUGAAAGUGGAGAAUUUAUCUUGAGUUCAGUUGCAGACGACGGUUUUAAAGAAUGUGAGAGUAAAGCUGUUCAUGUUUUCUCGAUGAAAAACUUUAGGGUGGUAUCCAUUUCUCGUACUAACGACUAUUUCAGCAUGUUGAAACCUAACCUUGACCUUUCCAUGAACAAGCAAGAAAUAUCGACAGUCGUCGGUCUCGAAACUGUUCUCGAUAAAGCCUGCGCCAAGCGCCAAAGAACCAUCCACCCACUACACGCACAAGCAGAAGAAGCCAACUUGGCAAUCUUGUUCUCCGGAGGUCUCGACUGUACCGUUUUAGCGGGACUUAUAGCCAAGAACCGGAUUUUGACUGAGGGAAGUGGCCAUAUAGAUUUGCUCACUGUUGGGUUUGAGAAUCCAAGAACCGGUUUGGGAGCUCAUGAGUCUCCCGAUAGAAUGUUGAGUAAGAAAUCGUGGUUUCAUCUAGCCAAACUCUUUGACUCUCCACUGUCUCGGUUUCGAUUAGUAGAAGUCAAUGUCAGCUACAAAGAGUGGUUGGCUCAUCGCCAAGUUGUAAAGGACUUGAUGUACCCAGCGAGAACCGAAAUGGACCUAUCGAUUGCAAUUGCUUUCUACUUUGCCAGUCGAGGGGGUCCUGCAAGAAAAUGGGAGCUCAGAGACAAGCUGGUGGAAUGGAGUGAAUUCUGUAAUAAUGAGCCCAAUUACGCUACGGUGCAAGAAGACUAUGUUUCCAAUGCCAAGGUUCUAUUUUCCGGUUUGGGAGCAGAUGAGACGUUUGCAGGCUAUUCGAGGCACGAAGCGGUUCUUAAUGGUCUCGAAGAAGACUCUAGUUUGGAAGAUGUGAUUGAAGCUUAUACCAAGUUGAAUGAGCUGCUUCUUCACGAUAUAAAAGUUAUCGAGUCUCGAAACUUGGGGCGAGACGACAGAGUCAUUUCAUGCUGGGGUAAGGAGUUGCGGUAUCCAUACCUUGAUGAGGAAGUGGUGAAGUUUGUCACCAACGAGAUACCACCUCAUCUCAAAUUGCAUUAUAGCUGGGAGACCAGAAAGACAAAAAAAGGUUCCAAACGAGUCAAGGUUCCGGUCCGGAAGUACAUACUCAGGCAACUAGCUGUAAAGCUUGAAUUGAACUGGGUCGCUGACGAGUUGAAAAGGGCAAUUCAAUUUGGAGCCAAGAGCGCCAAAAUGGAAAUAGGACAGGGUCGAGCCAAGGGAACGGAUAGCAUAGAGUAG